AUGCUCCAGAACUGGGACCCCGAAUUCCGCAAAAUCAAAAUCUUCGUCAAGGUCUAUCACAGCGAGACUGUGGAGUUGGCAAAGGAGCUCUAUGAUCUCGAGUAUCUCGGGAGUUAUCUCUUCGUCAAUGUCAUGGCUCGGUUCAAUUACGUGAACGAGGACUUGGCGGAGGAAGCUUUGGAGAUUCACAAGACACGUCAUAGGCGACAUUACAAGAUGGUCUUCGAGGAGGGCAAGACUCUGGCCGACGUCAGAGCUGAUCGGCUCAAGCACGAGAAGUUGGAAAGAGCGAGAAAUGUGCGGGACCCGAUGCUGCGCUUGCAAUUUGAAAUCCCUUUGUUCUGA